AAUUUUAUGUGAUAAGGCCAUGAUGAGAAUUUUUGAGUGGUGCAAGAGCAAGAAUGAAAAAGGCAGAGUUGACCCAUGACCAUUGACUUUAGGACUUCUAGAUGCCGUCGGAUAAUAAAAAGAGAACCACCUAUUUUGAAGUAGGAAAUAAGGAACAAGCUGCCGUUUGUUUUCACGUUUCAGUGAGACUCCCGUACACGUUGUCUCUGAAACAAAACACCUAACUCUUCUUCCCCACAACCUCAUCAUCUGCUAUUACACACUUAAAACAUUUUCUCGGUCUGAAUCUCCUCAAUGCCGAAAAUAACCCCAGUUCCCCUCUCAAUUUACUUUUUCACCCUUUUCCUUUACCUCCUCACUCUUGCCAAGUCCCAGAGCUUUGAUCAGCAGGAACAAGCUAUCCUGCUAAGGCUAAGGCAACAUUGGAAAAAUCCACCUUCUCUUAAUCAAUGGUACCCAUCAGUCUCUUCCUCUCAUUGCACUUGGCCUGAAGUCAAUUGCACCGACGGCUCAGUUACUGGACUUCAUUUUUCCAACAUGAAGAUCGUAGGAACGAUCCCACCCUUCAUUUGUGAUCUCAAGAACCUGACAGUUCUUGAUUUUUAUAACAACAGCUUCAUUGGAAUAUUCCCUGCGGCUCUCUACAAUUGUUCCAAGCUCCAGUACUUGGACCUCUCUCAAAACGACUUUGUUGACGUCAUUCCUGAUGAUAUUGACCGCUUCUCCAGGCUCUCGUUCCUUAACCUGUCCGGUAAUAACUUCACUGGUAACAUACCGGCGGCUAUUGGGAGGUUACAGCAGCUGAAAGAACUUGCUCUUGAUCAGAAUCAGCUUAACGGUACUUUUCCUCCAGAAAUUGGCAACUUGUCCAACCUUGAAAUGCUGUCAAUGGCCUACAACGGUUUUCUACCUUCUAAAUUGCCUUCCAAUUUCACCAAGCUGAAAAAACUCAGGUGGCUCUGGAUUUCUAAUGCAAAUCUGAUCGGAGAGAUUCCAGAGAUGAUAGGGGACAUGGUGGCAUUGGAGCACUUGGAUUUAGCUGAAAAUAACUUAACAGGGAAUAUCCCCAGCAGUUUGUUCAUGUUGAAGAACUUGAGUGUGCUGUAUCUUUACAAGAACCAGCUAUCUGGGGAGAUUCCUCGUGUUGUUGAGGCUUUGAAUUUAGUCGAACUCGAUCUUUCAGAUAACAAUUUGAGAGGGACAAUACCUGAUGAUUUUGGAAAGCUUCAGAAAUUAUCACGUUUGAAUCUGUUCUUCAAUCAAUUAUCUGGUGAAAUCCCACAGAGCAUUGGUCGUCUUCCAGCGUUGAUAAACUUUGUCUUGUUUAGCAACUAUUUAUCAGGUGUUCUCCCUCCAGACAUGGGCCGAUAUUCAAAGCUUAAAAUAUUCGACGUUUCAUCCAACAGGCUCAUUGGGAGGUUGCCUGAAUUCUUAUGCAGUGGAGGGAACUUAGUAGGAGUGGUAACCUUCGAUAACAAUCUUGACGGAGAGUUGCCAAAAUCGCUAGGGAAUUGCAAUAGUUUACUGAUGGUGAGUAUUUCCCGUAAUGCAUUUUAUGGCAUUAUUCCUGCUGGUCUAUGGACAGCUUCCGAUUUGCAAUAUCUGAUGCUAAGCGAUAAUUUGUUCACGGGUGAGCUCCCUAACGAAGUAUCAGGGAAUCUUUCGUGGCUAGAGGUCAGCAACAACAGGUUUUCUGGCAAACUCCCCACUGGAGCUUCUUGGAAGAACCUUGUGGUUUUUAAUGCCAGUAAUAAUUUUUUUUCUGGCCCAGUCCCUCAAGAAUUAACAUCUCUUUCUCUCCUCACUACUCUUCUGCUUGAUAGGAACCAACUCGGUGGAUCCCUUCCUUCUGAUAUAGUCUCAUGGAAUUCAUUAACUACUCUAAAUAUGAGCCGAAAUCAAAUUUCUGGACAAAUCCCAGAGGAAUUCGGUUCUCUACCCAAGCUUCUCGAACUUGACUUGUCUGAGAAUCAACUUACUGGACAAAUUCCAUCUCAGUUUAACUCCGAGAGGUUCACUUUUCUCAAUCUCUCUUCCAAUCAUCUCACGGGGGAAAUCCCAAUCAGUUUAGAAAAUGCUGCCUUUAACAGCAGCUUCUUAAACAAUCCUGGUCUCUGUACUAGAAGUUCACUGCUAAGCCUUAAUGUCUGCAAUUUCAAUGCUCAAAAAUCAAGCAAAAAUUCAAACAAGCCAAUAGCUCUGGUAUCAAGUAUUUUGGCGACAGCCUUUGUGUUGGCUUUGUUACUCUCUUUCUUGGUGAUUAGAGUUUACCAAAAGAAAAGGCAUGUGUUACAUUCAGAAUGGAAGCUUACCUCAUUUCAGAAGUUGGAUUUCACUGUAUCAGAUAUACUGUCAGGGUUAACAGAUACAAAUCUGAUUGGGAGUGGAGGAUCAGGAAAAGUAUACCAUGUCCCUAUGCAUCGGUCAGGUCUUAUUGUUGCUGUGAAAAGAAUUUGCAACGACAGGAAGUUAGAUCACAAGCUUGAGAAAGAGUUCCAAGCAGAAGUUCAGAUAUUGGGUAGAAUAAGGCAUUUGAAUAUAGUGAAGCUGCUUUGUUGUAUUUGCAAUGACGAUUCCAAACUUCUUGUCUACGAGUAUAUGGAGAAACGAAGCCUGGAUCAAUGGUUGCAUGCGAAGAAAAGAUCAAGAAGUGUGGAGUUAGACUGGCCAAUGAGGUUCCAGAUUGCACUGGGAGCCGCCCAGGGCUUGUCCUACCUGCACCAUGACUGCUCACCCCCCAUUAUUCAUCGAGAUAUUAAAUCAAGCAAUAUCCUGCUAGAUUCUGCUUUCAAUGCAAAAAUUGCUGAUUUUGGUUUGGCUAGGCUAUUGGUUAAGAAAGGAGAAGCUACAGUAUCUGCAGUUGCUGGAUCUUUCGGCUACAUGGCUCCAGAGUAUGCUCACACAGCAAGAAUGAAUGAGAAAGUUGAUGUCUACAGCUUUGGGGCUGUCCUUUUAGAACUAACAACUGGAAAGGAGGCCAAUUUCGGGGAUGAGAAUACAUGCCUGGCAGAAUGGGCAUGGCGACAUUUGAAUGAAGGCAGGCCUAUCGUCGAUGCUUUGGAUAAGGAGAUCACGGAAUCUUCUUGCUUGGAUGAAAUGAGCCUUGUUUUCCAACUUGGGGUCAAGUGUACCAGCAAACUGCCUUCCAAUAGGCCUUCCAUGAGAGAGGUCUUACAGAUCCUACUUCAACACAGUCAACCCCUUGCUUAUGGAGUGAAGAAUAUGGGUAGAGAUGGCGAUGUCAUUCCCUUCCUAUUGAAUUCAAAGCUUGGAUACGCAUCAGAUUCUGAUGAAAACGUCUGACUGUUGGUACACUUGCAGCCAACCUGUAGUUUUAGCAGAAAUAAGGUCACUGUUAAACCAAGUUAUAGAAUAUAGUACAGAAAGCAAAUAGUUUAGAAAAUAAACAGAUAUUGCAGAGAUGCCUGAAUUAGCAGUAGAGUUUUCCUGCAGUUGUACAUUCUGAGGCCCACAAUUCAAGCAAGGAUCAAUGGAAUCGCAAAGAGUUCAUUAUACUAUACUUGCACCUGUCAGCUUUCUCUAAUAACUAGUCAUCUCAAUUUCAUUCUAAAAACUCUGUAAUUAUUCCUUCAGUUACCCGAGAUCCUAUAUUACCUGGCAAGACCAGAGAAAUUCACACAACACUUACUAACCAAGCAUUGUAGAACAUAAUCUAAAUCAAGCAUGCCCCAAAGCUGAAUUGUUAAUGCUCCUGAAUAGUUUCAUUAUCUUGCGUUGUUUUGUCACAAGACAUCCAUGGAAACUGUAUCUGUUAGUUUCUGUAGUAUGCUUAAAUACAAUGUCCAUGGGAGGAUAAAGAUUGAAUUGAAGGCACCCCCCAGGGAUCCGGAGGAUAGUUCUCACCCUUGAAUAUACCAAGCUCCAGCAUGUAAAGGAAAUAGAGUUCUUCCAGUGAUGCAUACAAGUCUUGCUUGCUGAAGUUGUCUCUGUUUAUAAACUACUGAGAAUAAAUGUACGAGUUUUUCAAACUCC